CUAAAUAGGACAGUGGGUGAGUCGGACGUCACUGGGCCACGAACGCGAGGCAGCAGAGCGUCCCCGCCGGCGGCCAGGCAGAGCGUGCGCACACCGGCGGGGUCCCGGCUAUCGAUCAGAGCCACUCUCGCACUCACUCGCUGCGAGAGAGAGCCGAGAGCGAGAGAGAGAGAGCGCGCGGUGGAAAGAGUGCGAGAAUCGCGCGGCGAGCCAGAGUGCAGGCAGCAGGUGCGGGGCCUGGCGAUGGGCUAGCCCUGGCGAGGGCCGUUCCGCAGCCAGGCAGCAGAGUCAGGCAGCAGCAGGAUGAGCGACGGCGAGGCGACGGCCACCACUACCGCCACCAGCGAGGAGCCGGUCAUCGUUGACGACUGCCUCAGCGUGCGAAAAUGGUGGUGCUUCCUGCUCUCGAGCAUCUUCACCUUCCUGGCCGGGCUGGCCAUCGUGCUGCUGUGGCGGCUCUUCGCCUUCCUCUGCUGCCGCAAGGAGCCAGAGCUCGCGCCCAACGACCCCAAGCAGAAGGAGCAGCGCUCGCAGCGCCAGAACAAGCAGGAGUUCGAGGGCACCUUCGUCACCGAGGCCAAGGACUGGGCUGGCGAGCUCAUCUCCGGCCAGACCACCACCGGACGCAUCCUGGUCGUGUUGGUGUUCAUUCUAAGUAUAGCGUCGUUAAUAAUCUACUUCAUUGAUGCCUCAAGCGAGGAAGUGGAGAGAUGCCAAAAGUGGAGUGACAAUUUCACUCAACAAAUAGAUCUAGCCUUCAAUAUAUUUUUUAUGGUGUACUUUUUUAUACGUUUUAUAGCUGCAAGCGACAAGCUCUGGUUCAUGCUAGAAAUGUAUUCGUUUGUUGAUUACUUCACGAUUCCCCCUUCGUUUGUAUCGAUAUACCUGGAUAGAACAUGGAUAGGUCUCCGAUUCCUGCGAGCCUUGCGUCUAAUGACGGUGCCAGACAUUCUGCAGUAUCUCAACAUCCUGAAGACUUCGAGCUCCAUCAGAUUGGCGCAGCUCGUUUCGAUUUUCAUCUCGGUCUGGCUGACGGCCGCUGGCAUAAUUCAUCUGUUGGAAAACUCGGGAGACCCGAUGAACUUUGAAAAUCCACAACAGCUUUCCUACUGGACGUGCGUCUAUUUCCUAAUCGUCACCAUGUCCACCGUGGGCUACGGUGACGUCUUCUGUCAAACCGUGUUCGGCAGGACGUUUCUUGUAUUUUUCCUACUCGUCGGCUUGGCGAUAUUCGCGAGUUGCAUUCCCGAAAUCAUUGACCUCAUCGGAACUAGACCCAAGUAUGGUGGUACUCUCAAGAAUGAAAGGGGACGAAGGCAUAUUGUUGUGUGCGGUCAUAUCACUUAUGAGUCCGUCUCGCAUUUCUUAAAAGACUUUCUUCACGAAGACAGAGAGGACGUCGACGUGGAGGUUGUAUUCUUGCACAGAAAGCCACCUGACUUAGAGCUGGAAGGCUUAUUCAAGCGCCAUUUCACGACAGUAGAGUUCUUCCAAGGGUCAAUCAUGAAUCCAAUCGACCUGCAGAGGGUCAAGGUGCACGAAGCAGACGCCUGCCUCGUCCUCGCCAACAAGUACUGUCAGGACCCUGACGCCGAGGACGCCGCCAAUAUCAUGCGCGUCAUCUCCAUCAAAAACUACUCGGACGACAUCAGGGUCAUCAUUCAGUUGAUGCAAUACCACAAUAAGGCGUACCUCCUGAAUAUCCCUUCGUGGGACUGGAAGCAAGGUGACGACGUCAUCUGUCUGGCGGAGUUGAAGCUCGGUUUCAUCGCACAAUCGUGCCUGGCUCCAGGCUUCUCGACAAUGAUGGCCAACCUGUUCGCCAUGCGCUCCUUCAAAACGUCCCCAGACACGCAGGCCUGGCAGAACGACUACCUCCAAGGGACAGGAUGCGAGAUGUACACCGAGACGUUGUCUCCGUCUUUCACUGGAAUGACCUUCCCGCAGGCCAGCGAGUUGUGUUUCACGAAAUUAAAGCUGCUUCUGCUUGCGAUCGAGAUCAAGGGCGAGGACGGCAUUGACAGCAAGAUUUCGAUCAAUCCUCUCAGGGUGAAAAUUCAAGCCAACACUCAAGGUUUCUUCAUCGCACAAUCGGCCGACGAGGUCAAGAGGGCCUGGUUCUACUGCAAAGCGUGCCACGACGACAUCAAGGAUGAAACUCUGAUAAAAAAGUGCAAGUGCAAAAAUUAUGUGGGGAUGAUGAUGAUGCAGUCAGGAAUGGUGAAACAAGGCGGUGUUAGUGCCUCCAACUAUGAGAAAUUUACAUCAGAGGGCGAGGAUUAUUCCUACGAAAAUGACUUCCACCCUCCCCCCACCUUUACGCCUCCAGAGUUACCAAAGAAGGUGCACGUAAGAGGUGAAACACAGCGGGAGAGAGAAGAUGCGCUGCUGAUGAACCGAGGGACUCCACGCACGGGAGUGCCGCAGAACGCGUUGAUGAACGCGACAACCAAGCAGAUCAGCAAGGUGAAAGGCCCGGGGAACCGCAACACACCCGACCUGACCUCGCCGAACCAGCAGUUCAACAACAGAAACCAGCAACAGGAAGACACGUCAGGCGGAUACCCUGGCUAUCACCUCGCUUACGAAGUGAAAAAACUCAUGCCGACGCAGCGUAACUCGUCGGGCAACAACCAGAACAACAACAGCAACAACAUGCAGGUCGGCAUCGCCGACGACCAGGCCAGGGACUUUGACUUUGAGAAAACCGAGAUGAAGUACGACUCGACCGGCAUGUUCCACUGGAGCCCGGCCAAGAACCUCGAGGACUGCAUUUUGGAUCGGAACCAGGCCGCGAUGACCGUGCUGAACGGGCACGUGGUGGUUUGUCUAUUUGCCGAUCCAGACUCGCCGCUGAUCGGUCUACGCAACCUAGUGAUGCCCUUGAGGGCGUCCAACUUUCACUAUCACGAACUCAAACACGUGGUGAUUGUCGGCUCCGUCGACUACAUCCGCCGCGAGUGGAAGAUGCUGCAGAAUCUUCCCAAAAUCUCCGUUUUAAACGGUUCGCCACUGAGUCGGGCAGACCUGCGCGCGGUGAAUGUCAACUUGUGUGAUAUGUGCGUCAUCCUGUCGGCCAAAGUGCCCAGCAACGACGAUCCAACCCUCGCCGACAAAGAGGCCAUUCUCGCCUCACUCAACAUCAAGGCGAUGACCUUUGACGACACUAUCGGCGUCCUCAGUCAGACCACCGACCAGGACCUGCUGUCGCCGGUCGGCAGUCCGAUCGUUUUGCAGAGGAGAGGAUCAGUGUAUGGAGCCAAUGUGCCUAUGAUUACCGAGCUGGUAAACGACAGCAACGUACAAUUUUUGGAUCAGGACGAUGACGACGACCCUGACACUGAACUGUACCUGACUCAACCCUUCGCUUGCGGCACAGCCUUCGCUGUCAGCGUGCUCGACUCCUUGAUGUCCACUACCUACUUCAAUCAAAACGCUUUGACGCUCAUUCGCUCACUAAUCACCGGAGGUGCUACGCCCGAGUUGGAGUUAAUCCUGGCCGAGGGGGCGGGGCUCCGCGGGGGCUACAGCACCCCCGAGAGCCUCGCGAACCGAGACCGGUGUCGCGUAGGUCAGAUUUCGUUGUAUGACGGUCCGCUAGCUCAAUACGGCGAAGCUGGGAAGUACGGCGACCUGUUUGUGGCCGCGCUCAAAUCGUACGGCAUGCUAUGUAUCGGCCUAUACAGGUACAGGUUUCGCGACACCAGCUCGUCCUGUGAUGCCUCAUCUAAACGUUAUGUUAUCACGAACCCGCCAGAUGACUUUCAACUGUUGCCUACCGACCAGGUGUUUGUGUUGAUGCAGUUCGAUCCCGGGCUGGAGUACAAGCCGAAUCGGAGCGGGGGCGGCGGAGGAGGCGGCGGUGGCGCCAACCCCCGGGGCAAGGACGACAACUCCUGACUGCUGCUUUGCGGCGCCCUCACCGACGGCCCUUACUCCUACAUUUAAAGCCUCGACUGCCUGAUUCACCUGAGGCGACUGCCGAGACAAGAUUUGCACUCUGACCGCGCGAGCCCACCAAACUGCCAGUGAAAAAAGACAUUAUUUACCAACCGGGGGGCUCAACAGGGAAGGGGGACGGUCGCCUCGAAUCAUUCAAAAUCACUUUUUCCAACACACAGGCCAUUCUGAUUUUUGCUUGAGUAUAAUAUGACACACACACAAACAAACAAACACUUUCUUGAGACUUGGGACCUCGUUUUUUCGUUGACUUUCAUUUGCUCUCACUUCUUCAUUUCGGUACAUAUUUUCUCGUUUUAUUGAUUUUUGUCUUUUAGUCGGCACAUUUUCGUGAGUCGUCAACUGUGAUAGCUAUAAUCGUUUUGCGUUUCGACCAGCUCUGGUGGAGACAAUCACGAGCUCUUGAUUGGCACUGACGAGAUAAAUUAGUGCUGAGAGGAAUUUGAUUGAUUUUUUAUAUUUUUAUAUCUCGAACUAGCGGAUAAUUAAUAUGUGUUGUUCAAUUCGUGUUUUUUCCGUUACUCCCACUUGAUUUACCCCUGGCCGAGCAAACGAGUGAUUUCUGUUGCGAUAUUGUGGGAAUAAGGAACGAGACCCUUCCGCGCCGGGAGCCGGAAGGGAGGGCCGCCGCAAGGCACACCGCCACCUUGAAGACAAAAAAGAAAACACACACACACAUACACACUCACACAUUUUCAGUCAGCCAGACUCAAAACGCGAGACCGAAACUGGUGAAGUUUACAAACACUCAAAGUGCACACGAGAUGAACGGACCGGAGACGCAGAAAUCUUAAAAGAAAAGAAAGUGCGACGAGUGAAUGUACCCUACGUUACAGCGGUAUAUGUACAGUUCCACAAAAGACAAACGACACAUUUUUACUACGCAACACGUUUAUACAUUUGAAAGAGAGAGAUUGAGGAGGAGCAUCAAAAAUCAUAUCACACACAUACACACUUCACCCCUGCAUCGUAUCGAGGAGUAGCUUAAAACGCGCUGUACAUAAAUGUGAAAAAUCCCGACUCGCCGCCGCACUAUCCGCGACGAGGCGAACCCGCUUUUUAUUACACUAGGACAGACACAUGCUACUGAGAGUGCAUACGUUUUGAUGGCGCAAGAAGAAAUUUACAUGUUGUACUCACUGUGAUAUUAACUUGAAGAUUAUUCGUUUUUCAAGAUGCGCUAACAACAUAAAAUUAUUGACAUAUAUACUACUUAUUGUAAAGCCAUUACACACAUGAGAGUUAUUAUUAAAUAUUAUUACCGUUAUAAUGCUAAAGAGAGAGGAGAAAGUAAGUAAAAAUUAUAUAAGACGUAAAGAAAUAUUGUUACUUGACAUUUUUCAUCACGAUGAUUGCCUGAACAUUUGUAGCAGACGCCCGCGAAUCUAAAAAUAACCCACACUCACACACGACGUGCAUUACGUAUAUUCGAGUCGGCGAAACAAGAAGAAUAAUUAAUGCACACCAAGACACACCCGCAGUCUCUCAUUCAUUAUCCUCAAAGUUGCUAAACUCUGUCUUUUUUGGUACGUACACGCUGUGUAAUAAUAUCUUAAGAUUAAAAACAAGUUACUACGAUCUAAACCACCGCUAAUCAUCAAACAUAAAUUUCGCAUAACAUAGAAAAUUUUUGUCGGAAAGCAAGAAAAAGACACGAGACGAAAAACAAUGCUAUUUGGACAUCACUUGAGUGUGCAAAUAAAUCUCGAAUUAGGACUCUGAAACUCGCGGUUUUUCGUCAUAACUGUAAUUCUCAAUUAAUAAAUGUGGAACUAAAAUCAUGUUGCAGACGAUUCACGCAGUAAUCAAUGAAUGUUUAAAAAAAGAAACGCGCGCAAUCGCAGUAAAAGUGAAAAAAAGAGAGAAAUUUCCAUGAGCUUGUUGUUGUUAAAGUUUAAAACGAUUCAUCCUCACGCAGAACCGAUAUAUAUGCUCUGUCUUUUUUACUACGUGACACUCUUAAACACACACACACGCUCUAAUUCUCAUUUUUGGCCGAGAGUUAGUUAUUACAAAAACGGGACAAACGUUGUGUGCACAUCUCUCACCAACAAACACUCUUACGCUAAUUAUUAUUAUUAUUAUUAUUGUCACUCUCAAAACGCAUACACAAACCCCUAGAAAUGUUUACUCUGCUGGUCAUUGUUAUGAAAUAAAUUGCAGACAUGUUGCAAAAUUUUAAAAA